UCAUGGCUGAGAAUCAGCCCGCACACCCUGCACACCAUAGCAUGGCUGCCAUUACUCCCAGUGGGACAGCUCAUCUUAGCAAUGAUUUGUAGGGGAAGAGAGGGGAAUGGAGAAGUUGGAAAGUGGGAACUGCAGCCUGAGGCAGCUUGGCCAGUGGUCCACACACAUGGUGUGAUAGCCUACUGGUACCUGAGUGAAGAAGCACUGAUGCACCUCUGAACAGUGGGUGGAGAAGACCUUAAGUCACCUGCACCAAGGGACUCCCCAGGCAGGGGACAAGGACUCUCAGCAAGUCAGGUGCAGGUGCACUCCAAUGCUGGGAAAUGGCUGGGAAAUGAGAAUGUGAGAGGGAGACAGGAGGUUUAAAUUGUUAACGUAUUAAGCUGCCUUUCCCAGAUAAACUAUGUUCCUCCAUCACCACUCCCACCCACAAAUUUACUUUUAUUUUAAACCCUGGGGCUUGUUGCUAGCAAGAAAGGAAACCUUGCUGUCAAGGGCACCCAGGGAAAGACAUUUAAUUUCUGGCUGAGAGUUCACUGCAGUUGAAUGAGAGCUCCAGGGUGACCAAGUCUGGUGCUCCACCAUGGUGCUGGUGUGGGGACCGUGCUGUGAGGGUGGCAGGGGACAACGAAUGUGGGCAGAGAGCCUCACUCUUCAUAGCCAGACAGUGAAGAAGAUUCCCAGGACAGCAGCUUCUUCAAGGCUGUUCUAGUGGCUCUCAGCAAUCCUGAAAUUCCCUCUGCUUUCUUAUGGUCUCUGUACUUAUUUUUUAGCUUUCAUGUUUGUAAAGAAACACCUGAAAUUCAGUGCAUCAAGAUUAAAAAAAAAAAAACCAACAAAAAGACAGCAAAGAAAAAUGCACCCAGACAAUUUGCAGAGUCUCAGGGCUCUUCAGCUAGUGUGGUAAUUUCUGGAGCCCUCGGCCACAGGUGCACAGAGGCCAUCUGCACAGCCUGCCAGCGGCAGUGGGCAGGGAGCAGGACGCCAGUGGGGCCUGCUUCCCUCAGGGGCUGAUCUGCUGGCAUGUCCUUGUUUCUCCAUCCCUCUUGAGAAGGAAGUGCAGGCUCCCUGCUGAACCAUCAGCUGUGGAGAUCCUAAAUCCCUGCUUCUUCCCAAUACAUGCUGUGGGGCGGGUGGUGGAAAGGGAAACAUCUGCGUGCAGGGUCCAUGUUGAGCCCGCACUGGCAGGAGGCACAGUGAGGGCAGGGGCCGCAGUGAUUCGCCCAGCAGAUGAGCUCAUUGCCCUGUGAACCUCAGCCCCAUGGGCACCAAUGUCUGCACAGGUCCCCUGCUGGGUUGCGGGAGCAGAGGCUUUCCCCAGCCAGGCAGCAGGCGGGGACCGGUGACCCCCGUGAGAUGUGCUGUGCACAGUGGGACAUGGGGUCAGGAGUAGGCCCGCGCUGCCCCGUCUCAGCUUUCAUUGUGGUGAGGACUGCCCCUCCUCAGAGGUGCUGUGUCCCGGAGAGGCAGGCCAAAGACCCUGAUGCUUUCUGCCAAAGCCAAUACAAAGAAGCCAGAGUGCAUACACAUAGCCCUCCUCCUCUGACACCACUCCACAUGUCAGUGGGACCCGGGUGCAAAUGGCUGUGGUACCACUGAAAGGCCAGGAAGCCCUGGAGCCCCGCCGUCUGCCAGGAGCCUGCUGCUCUCUUGCCAAAAGCAAGCAUCACCCUCCUCACAAACAGUUAACCUGCUGGGAGCUGCACAGCACUAAUGACUUCACAUGCAUUUAAUCAGCUUGGGCUUCCAGAGCUGCUGCCUCAGAGCAGGAAAGCCAUGCGUGCACCCUGGUUGCAAGGUUGCAAAUGCUCCCAAAGCCGCACCUCCCCUUACCAAUCAUUAAUCAUCACCAGCCAGCAAGCGAGGGGGAAAAGGCCAAGUGUCUGCAACCCUGAAGCAGUGCUGACCGGUUCCCUGCAGUGGCAGCUUGCUCUGCCCCAGUAGAGGUGGCCAGUCCUUUGGGAAGGUCACCAGGACCCACACACAGGAGGCUCAGCCCACUGCUGGAGGUCUGAAGAGGGAGCCUCUGCCUAGCUGGCAUCACCUCCAUCAUCUUCACCAUGAGGCACGAGGCGUUCUGGAGCACCUUGGAGUACACCUGCCGAUUGCUGGGCAUCACCACUGCAGCAGUGCUGAUCGGCGUGGGUGUAGAAACUCUACAGCGAGGGCAGUUCAAAAGCCUGGCUUUCUACCUGCUUUUUUCAGGGGUUGCGGUUACUGUCUGUGAAGGCUUCUUCUUUAUCUGUUUGUUCCUGGAGAUGUGCUUCACAUAUGAGCCUGACUCUUCGGUACAUGCCUGCUGUAAGCAAGCCAGACGCCCAGGGAGCUUCCAGAAAUUCCUGGGGUACACGCUGCUCUCAGUCGCUUGCUUCUUGCAUCCUGUCAUCGUCUGGCAUGUCACCAUACCUGGGUCCAUGCUGGUUCUCACCGCCUUGGCCUACUUCCUGCUGAGCAAGAGGAGAAAGACCCCAGGGCACAAAGAGACACAUCCUGAGGCAGGACAAUAUGUGGACCCUUCAGCCACCAUGGCAGCCCCAACCAUCGCCGGUGACACAGAACAGACCUACACCUUCCAUGAGGCCCAGAGGGAGCAGCACUGCUCACUGCUGGGCCACAUGAAGAGCAUCCUGAAGGGCAGCAAGGACAGGAGCCUGACCUCUGCAGCCCCACUCCAACCAGAGGUCCCACCAGCCCCACGCAAGCAAGUGCACUUCCAGGAGAAGGUGGUGCAAAUCAUCCCUUCUGUCAGUGAAAGCCUGGAUGACGUGGAGAGCGAGACUGAAGAGACCACAUCAGACACAGCACCCAUCCUCACCCCUCCUGAUACCCCUGUUGUCCUCACUCCCCUCAGCCCCACAGGACUGUUUUGAAGACUCGCCAGCAACAAGGACAAGGCAGGCACACUUGUGCUGGUGUCCCUCCCUGAGACUUGGGCAGCUGAUGGACUUUGCCAUGGGCAGCACUGCCAUGAUGACUAGAGCACCACAGUCUCCUCUGCACAUGCUAUGGCCCUGGCAAGUCAGCAGGAAAUCCCACAGGCCAACCCCACAGCUACCAAAGAGGAUGAGGGGUGAAGUGUGCAUCACCCAUGCCCCAGUGUAGAGGGGUGGUCCUCCCUGCCCUCCCUGCCAUGGCUGGUUCACCCGUUCUGCAAGGGCUGCCUGUACAAAGCAGGCCUGAACCUGGUGACAGGGUCUGUGGUGGUCUGCAGCCUUGCAAUGCCAUGCCCAGGGGUCAGACCAUGGAUUGACCAGCUUAUUGCCAAGACAGUAAGGUUUCUCCUGCCAGGGAAUCUCUCUCUGUGGCUUCAUGCACGGGUCACCUCUGUUACAGUACUACAUGCCACAGCAGCAGCUCCUGCUUAACAUCACAGCCAUGGCAUUUGCUUCCCAUGAGGCAGCAAGAGGCAGGAAAAGGGCAUCAUCCUCCGAGCAGCCUCUGCAGAGAGCAGUUGUCUUUUGACUGUCCUUGCUGCACAUGAAAGAACUCAUGGAAGCUUGGAGUUACCAAGCACACUUCUGGAGCUAGCACUUGCCAAAUGUUCUCCUUUGAGACAUGAUCUGGGCCCAGCAGAGAAGUCAUCUCCAGCCUUGGGAACACCUGUGUGGGAGCAGAGAGGACUCUAGGGCUUCCUGAUGUUCCCUGCCCAGGGAGCCCUCUGGAGUUAGAAGAGCAUUGGGAUGAUGUAGCACCUCAAGUUCAAAGGUUCAGCACUGCAUUGGUUGGCACAGCAAACUGUGUUAAAUAUGGGCCCCAGAGGGCAAAGGCAAUAAUAAAUUUACAGUGCUGCCCCACUGGUCCCCUCCAAUCCCUGAACUCUUCACCUUUGCCUUAAUCCUAUUGUAUCUUCUGCCCUUUGAGGACCAUUUACCUAUAAUAAGGCAUUUCUUUCCUUCCUCAGGCAGGAUUUGUAACCUCUCUGGGGUUCUCCCACAGCAGUACGAGGCAGAUAUCCCAACACUGUUCUCUGCUCCUGGAUCCAUUAGCAAAGGGACCUACAAUUCAGUCUGUGCAUGCAGAUGCUGUCACCAAGACUCACUCAUCAGCAUCAGGCAACUCUUACGACUGCACAUGGGAAGGAGUUGGGCAGUAGGGUUUGCUCGGACACUGGACUCAAGUGCUGGAGUGAGGGGUGGUGAAGGACAGGAAAUCCGAGACCUGCUUAGGCUGAUGAUAACACAGAAGCCAGUGGGGAUGGAUGGGUCAGUUUUUUUGGAAAUACGUUGCUUCUUUUUUAAUGUUCACCUCUCUGAGUCACGAUCACCACAAUCGCCAUUUAGGAAAGUGAUGUAUUUUGAAGGGAAGUAGAAAAAUGUGAAGUGCAAAUGUUCAAAAAUCAAAAGGCAAGUGAUAAGAACUCAGUGCAACUUUUUAAUAAAUUCUGAUUAAGUUGUUCCUAAUAUGGAAGAUGGAUGGGGAAGAAAGCAGAAAAUAUUGACUCACAAUGUCUGACUGCCUGUGUUGGUUAAUGAAACCGUCCAAAGGAGGGGCCUAUGGUUGGUCUCAUGCACUCAGUUGCUCCUACAGCCAGACAUGAACAUAAAAGCUUCUUCUUCCAUCACUGACAUUUGAAAUGAUAGCUGCUAUCAAUCUGCUCUAUACACCAUGCACAGAUUAGAGACCUCUUCCUUCCAGUUGCACAAAUUAAACCUCCACUCCAAAAUUGCAUGCUGGAGAAGAGUCACGUACACAUCUGACUUUAGGGAGAUUUAGUCUCCUCCUACACCUCCAAAGCUGUGUUCAGAAAAUUGAAGCAAUUUACAGACUAACACCGUAUCACUGAUAACCUGGACAAAGCCACAGCUCCACCCACAAGCUGGUUUAUUCAUCACAUGAAGAAAUAAA